GGAUUACAUACGGUGAUACAUACGGCAAGUAUAUACGUCAUUAGCACUUCGACCCCUGCCGCGAAACCCCACCCUAAACAAUUCGGGGACCACAUUGCGACCGUUUCCGCCUCAGCCCGUUCCCGCUGCGCUAAACGUAAAACAGCUGCUGACACCUGCACAUCUCGAUAACGAUAUCGAUAUCAAAAUUCCCGUUCGCGGUCGCGAUCGCCUUCUCCUACGUCUUAAUUCGCGGUUAUUCAAUUAGUUAGCCCAUUAGUAACUCCAAGAGCUCGACAUAUCCACCAUGUCCUCCUCCAUCCGCACCACGGUCCACGAGUCUCUCCCUUACGUCGACCCUGAACCCACGCCCGCCGAGCGCGCAGCCGCUGAAUCUCUAAUCGCCCAAGAACAGCAAUCCUCCGACUCUCCAUCUCCCUCCAACCUCCCCUCCCUACCCUCCCCAAAAUUCUCCCCCGCCAUAACUGGCGAACUCGCACGCAUUGCCUCCAAGCAACCCCUACGCGCAAUCGACCUAACCCGGUACGAAGCCAGCGAUAUUGACCCCUCUACAUCCUCCGACCCCUCACACCUAGAAGCCGAGCUCUCGCGCGCCUACACCGCAGCCACAUAUCUAUCCGGCCGACACACACAUCUACAGCUUCUAGACAACUUCGGCAAGAACGCUUGGCUAGUCGGGAACUGGCAGUUGGAAGCCGAGCUGCGGGACCUAGAGCGAGAACUCGACGCCACCAAGAAGGAGAUCGACGUUGUCAAUAUUCAACGGAAGCGCGUCCAGGAUGAGGUUGGCGGCGAGCUGAAGGGGCUUGACGAGGCUUGGAGACGAGGUGUCGGUAAGGUGCUCGAGACUGAGAUUGCUACCGAAGGAUUAAGACAGCAGGUUUUGGAAAGGCAAAGAGGUAGUGCGUGAAAUUAUUGCUAGAUUGAAUAUUAUAUGGAAGAAAAGAAGAAAAGAAGACGAGGAAAUGGUCCCGAGUAUGCGGGCUGGGAGACGGCGUUACGGUUGAAAUUAGAGGGAACAUGGUACCAACUCAUAAUUCAUAACAGAAUCACGAUACCAGCUUAAGUCCUGU